AUGGAGAACAGCAAGCAGCCAGUGAAGGAGGUGCUCCCCCUGCCUCGCCACCCUUCCACACUUCCUGUGACCUCUUCCUCUCUGACCCCUGCUGCCACUUUAAAGAAACACACCACAGGCUCCAUGCAGAAUGUUCAGGUGGCCUCGUCAGUGGUGACAUCAUUCAGCCACCUGAAGCCUCCAGAGAGAGAUCUCACCCUGAUGUCCCACAUGAAGUCUAUCAAGUCUCUGAGGCACGCUGGCUUCACCGCCGUCUUCACUGGACAAACGAAGCUUGACAGUGAGGAGCUGUUGGACGAGGUACCAAUCAUCGAUGUGAUCUUGGCUGACAUCGACUCCCUGGUGCCCACUCACGAUGGAGCCGGCCGCCCCAUAGCAGAGUGGAAACGACAGGUGAUGGUGCGGCAGCUGCAGGUCAGGCUGCAGGACGAGGAGGAACAGAGGAGACAGGAUAUGAGUACUGACUACACUCCAGAGGACGGCUGGAAGUACUCCCAUGCCCACAACGCAGUCUUGGGGCCCUUUGGUGAGCUCCUAACCGAGGACGACCUUGUGUACCUGCAGCAGCAGAUCGAGACUGUUUCCCUGCAGAAGCGCUGCCAGGCCUACGAGCUGGAGCUGACCAGGCUGACGGAGGAGCUGAGGGCCAUUUUACCCGAUCCAAUCGUAAACAUCUCCCUUAACCAAGAGGUCCUACAGGAGAUGGACGCAGAGGGGAAAAAGCACCUGACUUUACCAGGGUGGUGCAACCGUGUCUCAGAGAUUGUUAAGAGUAUGUCGCUGCUGGUGGCUAAUCUGACGCAAACCACAGAAGAAGGGGGUGAGAGGAAGGUAGUGGAAGGCAUGAUGGAGGACAUGAAGGGUUUGCAGGGACUAAAUAAUAGUUCAGGAAUAGAUUUAAGUUCAGAUCAACAGGGCCAAGAGACAGUGCCAGCACACGGUGAGACCUCUAGUGGAUGUAGGAUUCCUCAUAUAGGGAUGGCGUCCGCUUUUAGCCAUCGUCUGGAGACCAACAGCUACAGCAGAGCACGGAGGGAGAGGGUGGAAAGGGAGAUCCAACAGUCUGGGGUAUCGGUUAGAAACCUCAGAUCAAACUUUGAAGGUCAGAUUGGUAGUAUUUAUCCCUUCGCUGGGGUCGUGAAAGGAGGCCAGGGAGUGUUUGGAUCUUCAGGCGUAAACAACCAGCAUGCCAACACAGGCCUCAGCUGUGAUCCUCCUAAAAAACUCAUCCCCGUGAUAGAGACUACCAGCUUAAGGAAAGAGCGUAUAGUGGUGCUGUUCCUGAGCCAUUGGAAGAAAUCUGCAUAUGCUAUUUCAGUGAGAGCAGCGAGGCAGAGGCAGGGACAGGAAGCCCUGUCAGGAAGAGUGACGGGAGCAUCGCCCCGACAGAAAAUCACCUCCAUGUUUCAAUUCUGCCAACAACGAGGCGCUGUGGACAAGAUGCUAAAUUCCUGGAGGAGUAAACCAGUGCUCAAAGAUGCACAGAAGUCCUGUUUGUCCUCACAAAAUCCACCACCUCGAAUCACCUACUCCCCAGAGCAAUUCCUACCGGACGUGGAUGGUGUCGCAGCGACCCACGACAGCUUGACCCUUGAUCUCUUCAUGCUGGGAUACUUCCACAUCUUAGAGCAAGAGCUGUCGCCUGAGGAGAGGAAGAUGAGGCAUCUACUCUGCUUCGAAGUCUUUGACCACGUUGGCAGUUUCUCCUGGGAGAUGGUGAGGAACUUCCACAAGGCCGUUCUCCAGGAAAUCCAGGCCGGGAGUCGACAGUGGAGCGACGGCUUCGAGGACAUCAAAGUUCGCUUCUUUGGGGACUCGAGACCAUGCCGCUGUCCAUCACCGUCACCAUCAUUGUUGUCAGAUUCCAGACUCGUACCCAAAGUUAUAGUUCAAACUGCGACUCCCGAUGAGUGUGGCAGUGACACGAACUUCUCUUGUUUCAACAACGAAGACAUUUGUAAAUAUAUUGACCGUAGCUUUGCUUUCUGGAAAGAGAAGGAGGCGGAGCUGUUUGAUUUUGAACAUUAGUGUUAAGGUUCACGUUGACUUUUUUGUACGAAAUGAUGACAUGUUAGUGUGUUUAUGUUGGUAAAGUGACGGGAGCUGAA